GGACACUCCUCCCGGGGGUGGGCACUGGCUGACGCGGUGACGUCGACGCAGGUCGGCGCGUCCCGGCGGCCGAAGCGGCGGGGCUGGAGAGGGCGGCGGUGGCCAGCGCGGCAGAGGGCCGGCCGGAGCGCGGGGCCGCGGACGGGUCACAGCUAGGGGACUCCCUGAGGUCCUGUCUCCAGCCUUGAUCGAGGGGAAGGCACCAGAAGGCAGACCUCACCCACCAUGUCAACGUUCAGGCAGGAAGAUGUGGAAGGCUACUACGAGAUGGGGGAGGAGCUGGGCAGCGGCCAGUUUGCCAUUGUGCGGAAAUGCCGGCAGAAGGGCACGGGGAAGGAGUACGCGGCCAAGUUCAUCAAGAAGCGUCGCCUGUCGUCCAGCCGGCGGGGUGUCAGCCGGGAGGAAAUCGAGCGGGAGGUGAACAUCCUGCGGGAGAUCCGGCACCCCAACAUCAUCACGCUGCAUGACAUCUUCGAGAACAAGACUGACGUGGUCCUCAUCCUGGAGCUGGUCUCGGGCGGGGAGCUCUUCGACUUCCUGGCGGAGAAGGAGUCGCUGACGGAGGACGAGGCCACUCAGUUCCUUAAGCAGAUCCUGGACGGCGUCCACUACCUACACUCCAAGCGCAUCGCCCACUUCGACCUCAAGCCAGAAAACAUCAUGCUGCUGGACAAGAACGUGCCCAACCCACGGAUCAAGCUCAUCGACUUCGGCAUCGCCCACAAGAUCGAAGCAGGGAAUGAGUUCAAGAACAUCUUCGGCACCCCCGAAUUUGUGGCUCCAGAGAUUGUCAACUAUGAACCCCUGGGUCUGGAGGCAGACAUGUGGAGCAUCGGAGUCAUUACCUACAUCCUCUUGAGCGGCGCCUCCCCGUUCCUGGGUGAGACCAAGCAGGAGACCCUGACCAACAUCUCGGCUGUGAACUAUGACUUCGACGAGGAAUACUUCAGCAACACCAGCGAGCUGGCCAAGGACUUCAUCCGCCGGCUGCUCGUCCGCUCUUCCAGGAGAAGAAUGACCAUCGCCCAGAGCCUGGAGCAUUCCUGGAUCAAGGCCAUCCGGCGGCGGAACGUGCGGCGCGAGGACAGUGGCCGGAAGCCCGAGCGGCGGCGCUUGAAGACGGCGCGCCUCAAGGAGUACACCAUCAAGUCCCACUCGAGCAUGCCCCCCAACAACACCUACGUCAACUUCGAGCGCUUCUCCAAGGUGCUGGAGGAGGUGGCGGCGGCGGAGGAGGGCCUGCGGGGGCUGGAGCACAGCCGGCGCCUCUUCCACGAGGACAUCGAGGCGCUGACGGCCAUCUACGAGGAGAAGGAGGCCUGGUACAGGGAGGAGAACGAGAGCAUCGGCCAGGACCUGCGGCGGCUGCGGCAGGAGCUGCACAAGACCGAGGCCCUGCAGCGGCAGGCGCAGGAGGAGGCCAAGGGCGCCCUGCUGGGGGCCAGCGGGCUCAAGCGCCGCUUCAGCCGCCUCGAGAACCGUUACGAGGCCCUGGCGAAGCAGGUGGCCUCCGAGAUGCGCUUCGUGCAGGAUCUGGUGCGCGCCAUGGAGCAGGAGAAGCUGCAGGGCGUGGGCUGCGGCCUCCGCUAGGGCCGUGCGUGGCGGGGGGCGCCUCGGCAGUGUGGGGCGAGGUGCCUCUGUCACCCCGGUCCGGCCCUGGAGAGUUCCCUAGCUGGGUGCUGAGGCGGGAGGGGGGCUGGGCUGCGAUGUGCUCCAGGGGGCUUGGAAUUAGAGGCUGCCUCCCCCUGGCUUAGCUCCUCUGUCCUGUGGCUCAGACAGCGGGGCUUCGGGGGCAGUGUCACCCGAGGAACUCUGGGCUCUGUGAGCGGUUGGCUGGCGGGGGGCGGCCUCCAUGUGCAGGGCCUGUGUCGGGGGCUUUGCCGAGGGCCUGGGGCUUGGAAUCCGAAGGGCCUCGCCUGCCCCUGCUGGACACCAGGGUCCCGACUCUUGUAGAGACGGAAGGCAGCUCCCCGGGGUCCACGGUGGAGGCGGUUUCUGACCCAGCUCUCGCCAUCCCCACCCUCACUGCGCCCCCGGCCCUGAGCUGGCACCAGGACCCGUGGAGGGGAUGGCCCAGCCCUCGAGGCGUCGGUUUGGAGGGGCUACUGAGGGUGUGUGGCCAGGCACGGAGAGAAGGCCAGGGCGCCCCAGGUGCCGGCUGAGGAGCCAUCACAGCCCCCAUGCUCCUCUCUCAAGCACCUGGGGCCAAGCGCAUGCCCCGACCUCACUCCCCGUUCCAGUGCUGCCCUUCAGACUGUCAGGGCUCACGGUAGCCCCUGUGGAGUCGUCGCCCCCCGAACGCUCUGUGAAGGCUUAGUGUCCCCUGAGUGCCUGGCCAGCCCCUGCUGCUCCCUGCCGCCCCCAGCUGUCCCGAUUGCCCUGGACCAGAGGGGUUGAGAAGGGGUUGCAGCGGGCAGUGCUAUCGCCCACCACUAGGUGCCGCCCUCGAGCAGGAUGGAGCGCCUGAGGAAGGGCCUUAAGGUCCGGGCUUCACCAAAAUGUGGGUCCCAGGCAGGCGGUGCUCUGCGCUUGUCUGCUGCAGUUCGGGUUAAACGAGUGACGUCUGUGCAGCCCCUCUGUAGCCCGGGAGCAGUUCUCUGGACAGAGCCCUUCCUGGGCCUAGUGCAGGGGGGAACCAGGCAGUGGGACUGGCCAGGACCUCAGGACCCGACUGGGGGGUCUGUCCGAGCUGUCCUCCUGCGUGCCUAGGUCUGGCCCCAGGCUGGGAUGGGAGCACUGUGUACCCCUCUGCGAGCUCUCUUGUACCCGUUUGCAUGUGUCUGCUCCAAGUCUACAGGAAAUAAAGCCUCACUUCCCAACACGGCUCUGUGUGCGCUCAGGCCCAGGCGCCCACUGCUGUGGCCUCGCGGGCGCAUGCAUCUGUGCCCCUCUGCUGCUGCCCCUGUGCUCUUUGGGAAGAAGAGAGCAUCAUGGGUCGCCUUGCAGGCUGCCCUGAUCUUGGGGUUCAGCUGGUCUCACUUCGCUGUAAUGAACCAGAAGCUUCCAGGCACCCAUGGUGACGUCAGAGGGGUUGCCUGUCCCUUAGUGCUGCCUCAGGGGCUGCCAGGCCACACAUGGGCUCCACUGCCCUCUCUGGGCCCCAGCAGGGUCGAGCUAUGAGCGGUUGCCUGGCGGGGGCGGCCUCCGUGUGCAGGACCUGUGUCGGGGGCUUUGCCAAGGGCCCGGGGCUUGGAAUCGGAGGGGCCUCACCUGCCUUUGCUGGACAGAGGCCACCCUGUCUGCUCGGAAGGGAAGGGAGUGUCGCCCCCACUGCUGCUUGCUGCAGCCUCUGGGUCUGGAAUGUGGUUCCAGGAAGGAGCCCUCCUACUUCCUUCCCAGGAGCCCAAUCCCCGAGCGUCAGUGGAGCCCCUGGCCAUCUUUUCAUUGCCUCGUUCCAUACACGCCGGGCCACGUUUCUGCUCAUUUGCCUUUUUUUUUUAAAUUUGAGAUCUGACCUAACGUAACAUUUAUCCUGUUUAAUCUGCGUCUGGAUCACAAUGGCAAGUUUUAGCAUUUCAGUAAAUUUCCGCUCUCUGA